UUCACCGAAACCGGUGUAGCGAGCGGACCAUGAAGGCCUCGGUCGCUCGGCAGCAGAACUUGUAUGUGAAACGGGCCGCCGCGCUCCUCGUAGCGGAGACCAGGUUUACAAGAACCUGGAACCCUUGAGCUUCGUGCGCGGCCGGCCCGAGUGGGCAGCGUUGGAGCUCAGCAGAGUGGCGGAGGGGCUCAGUAAACAGCCCAGGGAGGCCUUGCACACUUCUGAAGCUCCUGUGUGCAGUUUUGUUUAGUUCCGUGCCUUAGUCGUGAAUGCACACGGAUGCUUCCUGCGGAUCCAACUGCUACUUUUAUGGUGGAAUCCAAGUCAAAAAUGAAAAAAACAGAUCAUCUUUGAAAUCUCUGAAAACUGAAAACAGACCAGAAAAAUCCAAAUAUAAGCCACUUUGGGGAAAAGUAUUUUACCUUGACAUACCUUCUGUGACCAUAUGUGAAAAACUGAAAAAGGAUAUUAAGGAUCUGGGAGGGCGAGUUGAAGAAUUUCUCAGCAAAGAUAUCAGUUAUCUUAUUUCAAAUAAAAAGGAAGCUAAAUUUGCUCAAACUUUGGGCCGAAUAUCUCCUGUACCAAGUCCAGAAUCUGCAUAUACUGCAGAAACCACUUCUCCUCAUCCCAGCCAUGAUGGAAGUUCAUUUAAGUCUCCAGACACAGUGUGUUUAAGCAGAGGAAAAUUAUUGGUUGAAAAAGCUAUCAAGGACCAUGAUUUUAUUCCUUCAAAUAGUAUAUUAUCAAAUGCCUUAUCAUGGGGAGUAAAGAUUCUUCAUAUUGAUGACAUUAGAUACUACAUUGACCAAAAGAAAAAGGAGUUGUAUUUAUUCAAGAAAUCAAGUGUUUCUGUAAAAGAUGUGGGGAAAAGAGUUGGUGUUUGCACACAAAAAACCAAAACAGGAAGACUCAAAAAGCCUUUUGUUAAAGUGGAAGAUAUGAGUCAACUUUAUAGGCCAUUUUAUCUUCAGCUGACCAUUAUGCCUUGCAUAAACUAUUCUAUUCAGAAACCCUACAGUCCAUUUGAUAUAGAUAAAUCAUCUACCAUCCAAAAACAAACUCAGGUUAAGCUAAGAGUCCAAACAGAUGCUGAUAAAUAUGGUGGAACACCAGUUCAAUUCCAGUUGAAAGAGAAGAAAAAAAAAGGAUAUUGUGAAUGUUGUUUGAAGAAAUAUGAAGAUCUUGAAACUCAUCUCCUAAGUGAGCAACACAGAAGCUUUGCACAGAGUAAUCACUAUCAAGUUGUUGAUGAUAUCAUAUCCAAGUUAGUUUUUGAUUUUAUGGAAUAUGAAAGGGACACGCCUAAAAAAAAGAGAAUAAAAUACAGUAUUGGAUCCUUUUCUCCUGUUUCUGCUAAUAUCCUGAAAAAGACUCAACCAAAGCAAAAGCUACAAUUGCAGCAUAUUUCUCAGAAAGACUUGAGAGAGAGUAAGAUACAGGUGAUGGAGCAGAAUUUCCUGUGUGAAGAAACUCAGGAACCUGAACAAAAGCUUGUGUUGAUUUCAGAACCCAUCCACAGCGCUUCAAAUGAACUGAGAGAACUCAAUGAAAAAAUGAAUCCUAUGUUAAAUACAGCUGAAAAUGAUACAAAACAAAAUUUUACACAGCUACCUCCACAUAAAAAUAAACAGGAAUUCAUUCUUGACAUUUCUGAUACUAAAUUAAGUAAAAAUGACUUAGAAGAGCUAGGGGUAGAUCACUGUCCUUGUAGGCUACAGACUUCUAUACAAGUUUCUGUUUUCAGUGCAAAUAGUGCUGCUCAACCAAAACAGAACUCAGAUACUGUGAUUUUUCCAACAAAGAAUCUGAAGGAAAAGGAACUUCAUUCAUUACUUGGUCACAGUUCUGAUCUGAGAACAAUCAACAGUUCACAAGAGCACCUAACAGUUCAGGCAAAGACUCAAUCCCCUCAUCCUGGUGAAGAACCCAGUGAAUGUGACAUCAAAAAUGUGGAUAGUUUACGUUCUUGUAAAAUACGUCGAAAAGUGAAAAUGUUAUUAGGACGAAAUAAAAAAGAAAAUCUGGAGCCAAAUGCUGAAUUGGAUAAGAAGAGAACUGAAUUUCUUAUUACACAAGAAGAAAACAGAAUCUGUAGUUCACCAGUACAGUCUCUACUGGACUUAUUUCAGACUAGUGAGGAGAAGUCAGAAUUUAUGGGUUUCACAAGUUAUACUGAAAACAGUGGUGUAUGUGAUGUUUUAGAUAUUUGGGAAGAGGAAAAUUCUAAUAAUCUGUUGUCGAUGUUUUUUUCUUCCCCCUCAAAUUCUACAUUUACUGGCUUUUAGACUUUAAAGGAUGUGUAUUUUUCGAAAGUCACAUAGAUCACAUUCUUGAAAUCUAUUUUAGAAAUAUAUAUAAAAAUUCUUAGGAGUUUUUGGCUACCUUUGUUUACAGAACCAAAUGUAAAUAUUAAUAAAGGUGAUGUUUCCAAUUUUCUACAGAAUUUAAUAUAUUAGGAAAAUUAUAAACUUUUCACUUUGUCAUAUUUUACUGUGUUCAUAAUUAUUUUGUGAGAAUUAUAAUGAAAAAUAUAGUUUGCUGUAUGCCACUAAAAUUUGAGUUUGAGAAUAUUAAAAAUGUAUCAACAUAAAUUUGGAUAUUUUAAGUUACACUUAUUGUCCAUUACAAUAGAUUCUUAUGAUAACAUGGCAUUAUUAAAAAUCUGCAAAUUAAAAACAUUUCAUGGAAAAGGAAAAGAUGUGUUAAUUUCUGUUAGAAUUUUGGACGUCAUUGUGACUCAGUUGGGUCAGGUUAGUAUUUUGUAACUGACAGAUUAUCUGUAGGGUAAAUAGAAGCCAUGAAGGAAAAACUUAACCAGCUGCAAUGUGGACUAUAGCUCUUGUGCUAUUCUUAAUUAUUUACCUUUGGAAAUAACUUUGAGAGUAGUGACUCAUUAUGCUUCUUCUAACUUAGUGUUGAGAGAAAAAGGAUGGUAUUGAAUCGCAGAUAGAGUUUUGAAAUCUGUAUCAGAAUUGCUUUGCUCUACCACUUGCCUGUACAAUAUUUUGGAAUAAAUACACAUAUAACAGCAAUUUAUCUUUUUAUCAGAAGAUAGAAGGCAAUAACAGUGGCAUUUUUUCAUGGUAGAAAAUUGGUGCCAUUGAAUAUCACAUGAAUACAUUGUCACUAAAAAUUAACUUUAGUUAACAGUUGUAAAUUUUUGAAAUCGUAUAUGGCUCCCAAUAUAGAAUUAGUUGCAUACUUUCUUAUACAUGGAAAGAGCAUUUCCAUUUCUUUCAGUACACUUGUAUUAUGUUAACCAUUGCAGGUUACCAGUGAGAAUACUGGCUUUUCAACAACUUGAUUAUUCUUACCAGUUCCUUAGGUAGGAUCAAUGAAAGAGUCUACAGUGCAUAUAAGCAAAGCUUGUUUUAGUUAUAGAUCACUAUUGUAGCAUUUUCUGUCACAAAUGAACAUGUGUAUCUCUGAAUUGAUGUCAAGUUUUAUAGAGAGUGUUCUAAAAAUCUAGAAACUUAGAAAAUAAUUUGAAGGGUUUUUUCCUUAAGUUAAUAUCUGUAUGUCCCCCAAAUCCAGAAUAAUUAAAAGGUAAACUUGCUAUAUUAAUCUUUGACUCUACAGUGAGUCUCCUCAAUUUGCAGUUAUGUUUGCACCACAAUUAUUUGUAUCAUUUUGCUUCCCUGGUAUUUAAUGAAGGUGGGGGUGGGAGACUCAAGCUGAACCCUCUAGUAGUUGGUAAAUACUUUGGAUAUUGGACUGAACACUGUAACAUUUUCAUAAUGAAUAAUCAGCUUUUACGAAAUGUUUAGGUUGCAGUUUGUUUGAAUGGUGCUAUAAACUGAAGCAGGACUAUCACAUGGCAUUUGCAUUGGGUUGCAUUAUGGGGUGGGUACUCAGCCUAUAGGAUCAAAGCUGAUAGAAAUCCAGCAUAGUUGCAGCAUAUAAUUGUCCUGGCAAUGAGUACAUUCACCUAGAGGUCAGUGCUUUUGUAAGUUUUUUUUACCAAGGCCCAGCCUAUGUAUCUUAGGCAUUGUGUCUACCCAGAGAAGAUGAUUCUUAAAAACUUAAAUUAAUUAAAAAAUUCUUUUCUAGUGGCACUUAAUUCUCUAAUAGCACUUAUAAUUAUACCUUGGUUUCUAUAUCCACUCACAAAAGGACACAAGUCUUUAACAUAGCAAGGUACCUUCAAAAGUAGGAGUCUACAAAGAUUCCUUUGCAGGGUAGAUGUGAAACUUUGGGUUCUCUUGAAUAUGAUAGGCUGUGUCAAAUGGGUGCAGACGAGUAACAGGUCCCGAGCAAGCAUAGAAUUUUAUGAUGUUAACACUGGAGAUGGAAGGGAAAAUAACAGGGUAUCUAAUAAACUUUUAUUUAAGGGCAACAGGUAGUAUAGCAUUCAGAGUCUGUGGCUCUGUUUUUUGGGGUUAGCCAGACAAUAGCGCUGGAGAUUUCAGGAUUUUUCUGACAAAAGUAGUGAAAGGUAUAUAUUAGAAGUCAAAAUAGUUUCUUCUAUAUUUUUAAGCCAGUUGUUUUCCUAUAUAGUAUGUCUAUUAAAAACUUAUAAAACAAUAUGUAUUCAGAUGUUUAUAAUUCUAAUGUUAGAAAGCUUUAUCUUACACUUUCACAGUCAGAAUCCAGUGCUGCUUCACUGAUAAAGUGAAAUGUAAGAAUAAUGGGCUCCUUCCUAUUUGAGGAAUCUUCAAAAAGUUCAUGGAAAAUGCAUAUUAUGGAAAACUGCAUAGAUCUGAAAAUAUUUUUGCACCAAAAUAGCUUAAUUUUUAAUUCCAUUUUUGAAGUACCCUCCUAUGAGAUGGAAAAGUUUUUCUCUUCUCCUUUUGAAAUACUUUCCUUUUUAAAAUAUUUAUAUUUUAAAAGAUUUAAUAUCUUGAGGUAUUUCUCCUAUGUUUUCUUCUAGUAGUUUCUUAAUUCCCAGUCUUAUUUAGGACUGAUGCAUUUUGAGUUGAUUUUUGUAUAGCGUGAGAAGUAGGGUUAAGUUUCAGUCUUUUAUGUAGGAUUUCUUAGCACCAUUUAUUGAAGAGACUGUCCUUUUUCCAUUGUAUGUUUUUGGCAUUUAGUGUGAAUUUGGUCCCAUUGGUCUGUGUCAGUUUUUAUACUAUGCCCUUGGUUACAAUAGCUCUGUGGUGUAUUGUGAUGUCUUCAGCUUUGUUCUUUUUCAUUCCAGAUUGCUUUUGCUAUUCAAGCUAUUCAUUAUUAUUAUUAUUUUAUGCUACCAUGUGAACUUUAGGAUUUUUUUUUCUGGUUUUGUGAAGAAUGUCUAAGUAUUGUGAUGAAUGUGUUGACUCUGCACUGUAAAUCACAUUGGGUGGGUAUUAUGGUUGUUUUAACAAUAUUCAUUUAUCCAAUCCAUGAACAUGAAAGUUCUUUGCUUCUUUUGUUGUCUUCAUUAGUGUUUUGUAAUUUUUUUUUCUAGUCAAACCAUGAAGAACUUUAUUUCAUGUUGAAGAGGUUUUCUAAACCUUAGAUACUAGGAGGAAAUUGUUUCUUUAAACAGAGAGAUUAAUUCUUUUUUUUUUAACUUUUAUUUCAUGAAUAUAAAUUUCCAAAGUACAUCUUAUGGAUUACAAUGGCUUCCCCCCCCCCCCAUAACUUCCCUCUCACCUGCAACCCUCCCGUUUCCCUCUCCCUCUCCCCUUCCAUUCACAUCAAGAUUCAAUUUCAAUUCUCUUUAUAUACAGAAGGUCAGUUUAGCAUAUAUUAAGUAAAGAUUUCAACAGUUUGCACCCACAUAGAAACAUAAAGUGAAAAAUACUGUUUGAGUACUAGUUAUAGCAUUAAGUCACAAUGUACAGCACAUUAAGGACAGAGAUCCUACAUGAGGAGUAAGUGCACAGUGACUUCUGUUGUUGACUUAACAAGUUGACACUCUUGUUUAUGGCAUCAGUAAUCACCCUAGGCUUUUGUCAUGAGUUGCCAAGGCUAUGGAAGCCUUUUGAGUUCACCGACUCUGAUCAUAUUUAGACAAGGCCAUGGUCAAUGUGGAAGUUCUCUCCUCCCUUCAGAGAAAGGUACCUCCUUUUUUGAAGACCUGUUCUUUCCACUGGGGUCUCAUUCGCGGAGAUCUUCCAUUUAGGGUUGUUGUUGUUUUGCCAGAGUAUCUUGGUUUUCCAUGCCUGAAAUACUCUCAUGGGCUUUUCAGCAGAUCCGCGUACCUUAAGGGCUGAUUCUGAGGCCAGAGUACUGUUUAGGACUUAACUGAAAAGUGAUCGCUGUUAAAUAUAAGAGUGGGAAUAAGAGAGGGAAGAGAUGUGCAAUUCGGGACAUGCUCAAGCUGACUUGCCCCAAAUGGUAGAGUUAGAAACAUACCAAGGGAUUCCAAUUCAGUCCCAUCAAGGUGGCAUGUAUUUUCUCACAAGUCCCAGUGAUCAAUUUCUGUUCACAAUUGAUCAUAAUGAUAGGACUAAGAGCCAAAGGGAGCACAUAAACAAGACUAGUGUCUACAAAUACUAGGUAAUAGAAUAAAAAAGGGAGAGAACGAUCCAACAUGGGAAGCGAGAUACACAGCCGACCCAUAGAAUGGCAAAUGUCCUAACAGCACUCUGGCCUCAGAAUCAGCCCUUAAGUGUUUUGUAAUUUUCAUUGUAGAUGUCUUUUAUAUCCUUAGCUAAGUUUAUUCUAGGUGUGUUUAUGUGUGUGUGUAGCUGUUGAGGACGGGAUUGCCCCUGUAAUUUCUUUCUCAGUGAGUUUCUCACCGUUAUGAAAGUACUGCUGAUUUUUGUGUAUUGAUUUUAUUCCUGCAACUUAAUUCUGUUAUUGGUUCUAAUAGUUUCUUGGUGGGGUCUUUAGAUUUUAUACAUGUAGAAUUACCACCUGCAAACAGAGAUAACUUGACUUCAUCUUUUCCUGUUUGUAUAUUAUUGCUGUAUGUUGCCCAAUUCUCUGGAUAAUUCUUAUUGUACAGUAUUGUAUGAGAAUUAUAUAUAAUGCUGUGUCAAUGAGUGAAGCCCAUUAUGACCUCUGUAAAGUGAAGCUGUGACCUAGAAAAACACACAUAUCUAGACUAUUACUGUGCCCAAUAUAAUCAGCUUGUCAAACGCCUUGUUGAUCUUGAGGCAUUGUGCCAUAUCAGGAAUUCAUAUUUGUCUGUUUCUUGUAUUAACUUUACUGAGUAAUAACCAACGCUGUCAAAUCCAUAAAUAGCCUUCACCCCUGCUCACUGCAGCCACUUUUGCUCAUGUGUUCAUUGUGCAGCGUCAGAGUGGCCUUAUCAUGCAAUAAGGAGAUGCCCACACUUCAUACCCGCUUGACUCCAUCCCUUACACUCAGUCUUCUAAGCUUUCUCUUAUUAGGUCCCUUAACAGCCGGUCCGGUGUGUGUUGCUGCCGCAGAAAUCCACUCAGGGCACUUCUUCACAGGGCAGUGAGCAGGUGUACCAGCUGCAGCUCUGUCCGUUGUGAGGGUUUUCCCUGUGGCUGGCUUUCAGUGUCUCACCUGAGUAGAGAAUCCGCAGAAACAAUCCAACUAAGUUUGAGUUUUUCCUCCUUUUUCUUCUGGUCUUGAGAGACGUCUGGCAGCAGCAGAUGUGACCUGAAGGAGAGGCAUUAGUGUUAUGGUGAGGGAUGACCUGUGGUCCUGGGAUGCCUAUUGAAACUUCCAUGAGCCUCUUGGGUCUCAUUCUUGCUCAGCCCUGAAAACUGAUCCCAUCGUACAGUGGAUUGUUGCUUCCCCCUGUCCAGUAUUAAGUCUUAUAAAACCGCAGCUCAGGACUGGCAGUUAUGGUGACAUGGUGAGUUUUGUCCACAGUCAGGUGUUCCAUGUUUUAUACAUCAUCACCUCAUACAACAGACUUUUCAGAAAGUGUGUGAUUUCACUGAAGAUGGCUUGGCCUUACUCUGUACCCUGCAGGGCCUGGGCUGAGAUUUCCCUACUGGAGUUGCUGGAACUCUUCACAGCACUUUUUCCUAUCACAAACCCUCUAGAACCUUUACAUCUUCCUGGUCCUUUUUCUGUAAAGCGCUUUUCUUCUUCGGGGCUUCAGUCCCAACUGGAAGCCUUUCCUGCCACUGGGUUCCAGUGUUUCCCAGUUUUAACUAGUUGCGUCCAUAAUUGAGGAGAGCUAUGUGGUAUUGUGUUUUCUUCCUGUUUGUGAGGCCAAUAGGCAAUAAUUUGUCUUUGCUUUGGAAUAGAAUAUCCUGGCAUGCCUCUAAUCACUGGAGCUUUAAAACUUGCAGGGAUAGCAGUCCCCGAGCAUCUCACCCUCUGGAGGACGUGGGUCUUACCAAAGUGUCCAACAUGCUAGCAACUUCUUGCUUGUCUGGUCCAACAAAUACUCUAUCAGCAAUACAUUGGAUUAAUGUGAUAUUAUCCAUGGUAUUCAGUUAGCCCAGAUCUCUCUAAUUAUAACAAAUCAAAACAAAGUUUAAAACUAUAAAUGGGGACCAGAGCCACUGCCUGUAGUUCCGGCAUCCCAUAUGGGUGCCGGUUCAAGUUCUGGCUGCCUUACUUCCAAUCCAGUUCUCUGCUAUGGCCUUGGGAGAGCAGUAGAAGAUGGCCCGAGUGCUUGGGCCUCUCCACCUGCAUGGGAGACCCAGAGGAAGCUCCUGGCUGCUGCCUUUGGAUCAGCACAGCUCUGUCCGUUGUGACCACCUGGAGAGUGAACCAGCGGAUGGAAGACCUCUCUGUAGCUCUGCCUUUCAAGUACUCUUUAGAAGAAAAAAAAUAAAUGUACACUGUAAUGUUUCCCUGGGAAUGCAAACUUCAUUUUUCUGAUACAGAUGAAAAAUGAUGUCUGCUUAAUCAGUGGAUGCAUACGAUGCCACUAAUGCUGUCUUUAUUUGCAAUAGAAAUGAUACCAUGUGUAGCACUGCGACUUCAAUUUUAGGUCCACCUGGUGCAGUUUGGAAUGGUGUAAUUCCUUUAUGAUGAUUCAUACGAAUAUGAUGAGAACCAGCUAUGUGACUUAGAUGCUUAAUGGUGGUGAUGAUUUCCUUCACCAUCACCACCAUCACCCCUGGUUAAGAUAUUGUUUUUGAUUUAUUUUUGCUGAGGGGUAGAGGCAGUUUCAGAAAUUCCUACUUAGUCUUUUCCACUACAACAGUGGACACAAUGUAGAGGGUGAUGUUAAAUAACAGGUUUUUCUCUUCUAAUAAUACAUUCAGGGCCUAAGCAAAUGACAUCUUCACCUUGGCCAGGACUCCAUUUAUUACAUGGAUCCCAUUUACCCCCCACUAUGAUAGGUGCUUUGGGUCCAAGGUAUCAAUAUCAAUUCAGAUCCUCUGUCCAACAAAAAUUUCCCCAGCCAAAAAAAAAAAUGGAGGUAGGUAUCUUAGGAGAAGGAUUAGGGGAUAAUUUACAUGUGUACUUCAAAUAUGUGACAAGAUCCUUCUGCUGGGGACAUAGUAUUUUCUCCAGUCAAUUUCUGUGUUGAAAAAUUGACAAGUCUAGAAACAGCAAUAGAUCAGUUGUCCCAGCCUUCUGAAGUUGAUUUGUUUUCAGGAUACAUACUAAGUGAUUCUUUUAUUGGCUGCCGAUGUAUUUUGCUCCUGCAGGUGCCAAGAUCUACUAACAAACUUUUUUUUUUUUUUUUUUUUGACAGGCAGAGUGGACAGUGAGAGAGAGAGACAGAGAGAAAGGUCUUCCUUUGCCGUUGGUUCACCCUCCAAUGGCCGCCGCGGCCAGCGCGCUGCGGCCGGCGCACCGCGCUGAUCCGAUGGCAGGAGCCAGGAGCCAGGUGCUUUUCCUGGUCUCCCAUGGGGUGCAGGGCCCAAGCACCUGGGCCAUCCUCCACUGCACUCCCGGGCCACAGCAGAGGGCUGGCCUGGAAGAGGGGCAACCGGGACAGAAUCCGGCGCCCCGACCGGGACUAGAACCCGGUGUGCCGGCGCCGCUAGGCGGAGGAUUAGCCUAGUGAGCCGCGGCGCCGGCCCAAGAUCUACUAACAAACUCUUAACUCUCUGAGGAUCAAGUCUCCUCUGGAUGCCUCUUCACUGUGACCACCUAUUAUAAUAAUUAUGUCCACAUGGCUUUUGAUAGUAAAAUUGUACCACCUGGGUGCCAGCAUUGUGGUUAGGGGUUUAAGCUGCCACUUGUAAAAGCAGUGGAGGAUGGCCCAAGUACUUGGGCUCCUGCACCCACAUGGGAGAUCUAAAUUAAGUUCUUGGUUCCUGGCUUCAGCCUGGCCCAGCACCGGCUGUUGCAGCUGUUUGGGGAGUGAACCAGUAGAUAGAAGAUCUAGAUCUCUCAGUCUUUCUCUCUCCUGUAACGCUGUCUUUCAAAUGAAUAAAUCUUUAAAAACAGUGGCACCACCUGGUUGGUUAUCUGGAAGGCAAGUGAUACAUAUCUGGGACUCAAACCAACCUUCUGGUAUGAGAGCGGAAUCCCAAGUAGCGACCUCUGUCACAGCACCUGCUCUACCACCUAAUCUUUAUAGUUUCGAGUCUUAACCUCACUGCUGUUAGGAACCUCGUUCUGGAAUGGCCUUGACCUACCAUAGUCCAUGGCACACAAAGGAGAGUAACCACCACUUAUCAAUUGUUAUGCCAAAUACCCUUCCUCUUCCACCCCAUUUCUUAUGUCUGUAAUUUUGGUGUUAGGGUGAUGUUGGCUUCAAGAAUGAGCUAGGUAAUAUUUCUAAAUGCUUCUAUUUUCUGGUAGAGACUGCAGAGGAUUGUUAUAAUAUUUUCCUUAAAAGUUUAAUAGAAUUCACAAGUAAACCUAUCUGGGCCUGGUGCUUUCUGUUUUGAAAGACUUAAUUACAGAUUCAUUUUUUUAAUAGACACAAGCCUAUUUAGAUUAUCUGUUUCUCUUUGUUUGAGCUUUGGUAUAUUGUGCUUUUCAAAGAAAUUAGCUCUUCUAGGUUAACAAAUUUUAGGGCAUAAUAGUAUCUAUAAUAUUCUAUUAUCUUUUUAAAAAGCUUUUAUUUGAUCACUUAUGUGAGAGGUGGGGGAGCAGUGAGACAGAGAGAUGUCCCCUAUGCAAGUUCCCCUCCCUUUCCUGCAAUAAACAUCUGCAAUGGAUGGGGCGGGGCUAGGCCAAAAUUUGGGAGCUGGAAGUACAAUCCAGGUUUUCCACAUGGGUGGCAAGGACCCAAUUACUUGAGCCAUCACCUGCUGCCUCCCAGGGUGCACAUUAGCAGGAAGCUGGAAUCUGGAGCAGAACUGUAACUGGAACCCAAACACUGUGAUAAUAGGAUGCCAGCAUCUUAAACAUUAGUUCACAUGUCAGCCCCUGUCAUCUUUAAUGUCCAUGGGAUCAGUAGCGUUAGGAUCUCUUUCAUUUCUGGUGUUAAUCGUUUUCUUCCUUCCUCUCUUCCCCUCCCCCCCCCCUUAUUACCUGGCUAGAGGUUUAUGAAUUUUACUGAUCUUUUCAAAUAAUUAGGUUUUGGUUUUGUUGCCUUUUCGCUGUUAAUUUCCUGAUUUCAAUUUCAUUAAUUUCUGCUCUGGUUUUGUUGUAUUUUUCUUUCUUAGGAUUUAGUUUGCCAUUCUUUUUCUAAUUUCCUAAAGCAGAUGCUUAGGUUAUUGAUUUUAAAUAUUUCUUGUUUUUUUUUUAACUUCUAUUUAAUAAAUAUAAAUUUCCAAAGUACAGCUUUUGGAUUACAGUGGCUUUUAUCUUGUUUUCUAAUAUACAUACUCAAUGCUAUAUACAUUUCCCUCUAAGCACCACUUUUGCUGCAUUUCCAGAAUUCUGGUAAGUUGUACUUUCAUUUAUUUCAAAAUACUUAAAAAUUACUCUUAAGAUUUCUUUUUGUCCCAUGUGUUAAUUAUAAGUAUGUUGCUUAAUCUCCAAGUAUUUUGGAGAGUUUUCUAGAUAUCAUUCUGUUAUUGAUCCAAUUGUAUAGACAUGGAUAUAGAUAUGGAUGAAAUAGGUAAGAUGUUGCCAGAUGGCUACUACUUAAACAGAUUUGAGAGACUAUUUUCUGAUCCCCUUCAUUCACAUCCUACAAAAAAUGUAUAUUUCCAUUAAAAAAAUUUCAGUAUCUAACCAUUACUACAUUUUAGUAUAUUCAAAAGUUCCUGCUAAAUCUUGGCAACAUAGAAGCUAAAAUUUCUCUUUUAUGUACAAGAUUAUAUUUUAAAAUUGUUACUAACAUUUUUUGUUUUAGAAGCCAUAAAAGCUAUAUAUAUUUAAUUUUUAUACAAACUUAGAUGUACUUUUUUUCUGGCCAGAAUAUUCAUAUUUCAAAUAAAAUUUUUAAAGUUAAAAAAAUUUUUUAAACAAUAAAAACUUAAUUUUCAAAUAAUUUCUCUUUACAAACUUAUUCGAGUUAGCAAGGUGCAUAAACAUGUUUCAAACUUUUCAGUAAAAUAUAUUAAAUACAUAAAAAUAGAGUAACAUAAAUGCUCAUGUAGCCUUCACCUAGACUUUUUUUUUGGACAGGUAGAGUUAGAGAAAGGUCUUCUUUCUGUUGGUUCACCCCCCAAAUGGUUGCCAUGGCCGGCGCGCUGCACCUAUCUGAAGCCAGGAGCCAGAUGCUUCCUCCUCGUCUCCCACGCGGGUACAGGGCCCAAGCACUUGGGCCAUCCUCCACUGCCUUCCCGGGCCACAGCAGAGAGCUGGACAGGAAGAGGGGCAACCAGGACUAGAACCUGGGGUGCCGGCGCCGCAUUCGCCUAGUGAGCUGCGGCGCUGGCCCACCUAGACUUUACAAUUACCAACAUCUUGCCAUUGAAAUAUUUAAAAAUUCAUUUAGCUGACAAUAUAUUUGAAGAAAUUACAGGAUUCUGAAGUCGCAGACUCAUCUCAGAAGGAUCAAGCUUUCAUCUGUAAAAAUAAAAAGGUUAACUCAUGCAUGUUAAAGGGGAAUCCCUCAGUUAGCAAUGACAGCUGACUUUCAGUUGGCAGGGGGAAACUGUUCAUCUUUCCUGACACCAGUCUUCCAUCCCUUGCUCCAUUCAACACCACUUUUCCAUAGUAGUUUCAGAGACACAGGGUUAGUUAGCUGUGAGCUUGCCCUUCUCACACCGGGGGCCUUAGUCUCUCAUGAAAUCGCAUUUUUAGAGCACCUUUUAAAGACCUUGUAUCAUUUACAUUCCAUAAAUGCCUUCAAAUUCACCAUAGUUUCAUGAUUUUCAGGAAAUGCGUGCCAUGAUCCCAUGUUAGGAUAUCUCCUGUCCUUUAAGGCACAUUGCGAGCCAUGUCAGAAAGACUUCCUAUUGCCCUUGUGCUGCAAUAUGGAAGGAAGUGGGGCGGCCAGGGGCCUUGGUGCUGGGCGGAGUGGCUUGCUCUGGUGCCUCAAAGGCUGUCUUUACCUUUUUCUGGGGACCGUGGAGGUGAUGGGGCAGUUGCUACAGUUCCCCCACCACGUGCUCCAUGCACACAGCACAUGUAACGUCCGUGGUUGUGUCAGUCCCUUCCCCAAGCCGCGAGCUUCUGCCCGAGGCAGGUACUAAUCCACAAAAGCAACACUCACCAUUAUGUUGUUUCAUCAGUAACUCAUAAAACUAAAAAUAUUGCUUUCCUUAAGCUUUUAGGCUCAACUUCUGAUCUUAUUGUUUUUUGUAAAAUACGAUUGUUUUUGCUUGUUCAUUGAUUAAUAUUCAACUAACAAAUUUGGCAGAGUAAAUUUCCCAAACAUUAAACACUGUGAACGUGACUAAUGAAAAA